AUGUCAGAAGAUGUUCAAUUGUCUGCUGAACUGGAAAAAGUUGGUUUUGUCGAAAAAGAUCAGAAUGAAGAGAAACUUUCCUCAUACCAAGCUUUGUUCAAUGAUAUCGACAACAAAAUUACUUUUCGUCAAUACAUCAGCGAGUCAGAUCUGAACAGUAUUAUAUCAUUGAUCGCUAAGGAUCUUUCAGAACCUUACUCUAUAUAUACUUAUCGAUAUUUUAUCUAUAACUGGCCUAAGCUAUGCUUACUGGCUAUUAAUGAGCAUGGGAACUGCGUUGGUACAAUCGUUUGCAAGAUGGAGACACAUUCGGAAAACUUGCAUAAUGGAUAUAUAGCUAUGCUUGCGGUUGAAGAAAACCAUCGUCGAAUUGGUAUAGGUUCACGAUUGGUACAGCUAGCAAUCAAUCUUAUGAUUCAGGAUGGUUGUGAUGAGAUCGUCCUAGAAACAGAAGUAACCAACAAGGCAGCUCUCGCACUGUAUGAACAACUUGGAUUUUGUCGGGACAAGAGGCUUCUUCGUUAUUAUUUGAAUGGAGGGGAUGCAUUUCGUUUGAAAUUGUGGCUGACACCGCGUUUGAGCAGUGAAAUAUUAAUUAAUGAGCAGUAUCAACUAAUUUAA